AUGGGCGAGCCACUGGACAACUAUCGGUCAGUCCUCGGGGCACUGAAGGCCUUGGCUAUCAGCAGCCGGGCAUUCGGCCUUUCCUUGAAGAAUGUCACGGUGUCAACCGUGGGAGUUCCGGGAAAAAUUCGACAGCUGGCCAUGGACUGCCCAGCAGCCAACCUUGCGCUCUCUCUGCAUGCGCCAAUGCAGGACCUUCGCUCUACCAUUGUUCCCAGCGCUGGUGGCAACCACCUCGAUGCCCUACUGAAUGAGGUGGAUGAGUACGGCGGACUGACCGGCAACAAGGUCAUGAUGGAGUACAUCCUGAUCGAAGGUGUAAAUGCAUCAGCAGAAGUGGCUCAUGCUUUGGGCGCCCUCCUGGCGCGCCGGCGAGCCCUGGUCAUGUUGAACCUCAUUCCGUACAAUCCCACAGCGAGUGGAGAUGGGAAUGGAUACCGUGCGCCGACUGAUGCAGCAUGCAAAGUGUUCCGCAACAUUGUUGCUGAGUACCGGCGCUGCUGUGAUGCCCCGGGAAGCACGUGCAUUGCUGACGCUCAGGCUGGUGCACCUCUGCUUUGCACCAUACGCUGGAGUACCGUCCCUGGUCAGGCGCAGAUGGCAGCCUGCGGACAGCUAGCGCUGGAGUCGGCAAAGCCCGCUAUGCCACCAAAGAUGCACGACAUCGAGGAUGUGCCGCUGCUGAGCGUCAGCAGGACUGCGGCAAAGCAAAUGCCAUUGCCUCCCUUCCUCGAUCGUUUGCUGUGGCUGCUUGCAUCCAUCGCGGGGGCAGGCAAGGAGAAGCCGUGA